AUGUCCCAUGGGAGGGAGCGGAAUGAGGUCCGGGUGCAGCUGGCAACAUCUGUCCAGCUCUGCCUGCAUCCAGAUCAGCCGGCCAAGACAUUAGUUGCGGGCCCCAAGCGCGAGGACGGCAUCCGGUGCCGACCCCGCAGCCUGCAAGCGGCCAACUGGACUCUACCGGCGUCCAGCGUCGUCCGCGCCUACUUCGGCGAGGGCCUAGGCAGCGCCUACACUGUCAGCGCCAUCAAUAUCUCCUUCGGGGGCGAGGACGGAGAGGUUUACCAGGAGAAGCGUUACCUGAGCUGGUCGGCGUUGCUGGGCUUUGGGCAGCCCCCCAAGGACACCUUCUCCCUCCUCGUCAUCUCCAUCAUGGCUGUGGCGCUGGGCACCCCCGUGGUGCUGCUCCUGGUGGGCGCCGUCGUGGUCCUCUUUGCCCAGCGGAAACGCUACUCCGAGUAUGAGCCCAUCAACUGAGCCGGGCAGUCCCCGGAGGGACCGCUGGACCCUCCUUGCCCCUGGGCAGGGGGAGGCAGCUGCCUGCGGGGGCUCCGACGCCUGCGAUCUCGUCUCUGCCCCCCGUCCCUCCCCUUGGAGGAGACCGGAGCAACGCUCGCUGCAGGCGCCUGCCUCGCGUCCCUCUGUCCUGCUGCCCGGAGCCUGGACCGGAUUGUGCUUCUCCCUCCCUUUCCCUUAU